AGUUGCAUUACAACAGUACAUAUCACUUCUGUACUAUCCGGGAAAACUUUACUGUUUUAGUAAUAGAUUUGUUUGGAAAAUUGUUUAAUAGCAAAUAUGUUCAAUGUAAAAGUGUUUUUACUUGGUUUAUUUUUCUACAUUGCGAUAAUUAACGCAUCCGACAAGGAAAUUCUUAGAGAAACUAGGGGCCCUAUCGAUGAUUUAGUAUUAUCGGCGUUAAAUAGUGUGAUUGACUGUCUUCGCGCGUUAUUACGCGAAGGAAAUUCUACACUUGGAAUACCGUCCUUUGAUCCUUUCGAGAUAAGGGGUGCUCUCCGAAUUCCCCUGAACUUGGACAUAAUUUCAGGGGUUGUUACGGUGAGUGAUUUAACUCUGGAAGGCAUUCCAGACUUUAAUACGACAAUCGCUAGUUCGCUAAACAUAUUGGGGGGCAAUGUUAGAAUGAAUGUUACUUUUGAAUCUAUUAAACUACGAAGUGGAUACUCAUUGGAUGUCAAUUUUUUAGUCGCAAAACUGGAUGGAGAAGGUGACCUUAGCAUUGAAUUGCAUAACCUGGUAGCAAACAUUGGUAUACGAGCGAGCACCUUAGGACCGCCACUUUUGCGAAAUCCAACAUUUGUACUUUCACUCGACAACGCCAACAUUAAAAUAACUGGAUUUGGAAACGAUGAUAAAAUAAGUGAUAUAAUAAGUAGGCAGUUAGAAGCCACUUUAAUGUCUCUGAUCAUAGAACAGGAUAAAGUUAUCAGCUAUUAUGUGGAAGAAAUUAUAGAUGGUCUGGUAAGAAAUAUAACCUUAUCAGAUAUAACUGGCGGCGGUGGUUCAGGAAUUCUUAAUUGUUAAUCGUGUUUUGAAUUAAUAAAAUAUAUUAUUACUGUGA